UAAAAUGCCAAAUCUGGUUUUGAUGGCUCUUCUCUACCAACUACUAGCUCGGGGUAUCUUGGUGCGCCUCUACUUGCAUUGUUGCUAAUCAUUAUAUUGACCCCAUUCGAAGCUUCACAUCUCCUUAUUAGCGGUGUUGUUUCCGCAUGAUUUGCUUUGGUAUUUUGCUUAAGAAUGCCCCUGUGUUCAAGCCUGCUACCGGCAGGCAGGUUUACAUAUAUAUAGCUUCAUUCCCCCUUCAGCGAAGACAAGGACUCGGUAAGCUCCGUUCAUCAUCAUCAAGCAAAAACUAAGAGCUUCGAACUCAAGCAAGGUAUUUGCGGACCCGAACUUCACCAAGUUAUCUCUGGUCGAUUUUCGGUUUCCGUUCUGAUGGCUGCUGAAUUGAUGAACCGUUCCCGUGGCAUGGCCGAAGGAGCUGUGGUCAUGGUAUGCCCAGUGCUUCUAGCACUGGCUCUUGACAAGGUCGACCUCAAAGUGUAUGGACGCCCUGCUUUAUUCGCCAUGCUUGCCAUGGCAGGUAUCACUUUAAUAAGCGGUAUCUGCCCCUUGCUCGUGUGCUGCUUCUCCAAGAGGUUCCCGGGCAUGGGUAACAUCAACCCUGCCCCGGUGACCGCGAGCCUGGCAACCCUUUCGUCUUCUUGCCUCCUCAUUCUCGCCUGCUUCAUCGGACAGCUCGUUGUCUCCAGACAAGUUUUAAUCGCCGUGGGCGUAUUGUGUGGAGCCUUCGUCUUGGUUCGAACGGUCAUCUACUACCUUGGAGGAGAUGGUAAACCGUAUUCAGUGGGGCUGCACAAGGUACUCGACGAAUCGCAUGAGUUCUUGACGGGUGUCACUGGAAUCCUCUUUCUGGGGCUCGAAGGUUUGGCACUGGAAGGUCAUGAGAAUCAGAUGGUUCAGAAGGCCGGGCCCGUGGGCACCAUCAGCUUCAUAGUGUGCGCUCUUGGCGUGUGCAUGAUGUAUCUCGAGAUGACUCCUCCUUUACAUUUCGAGGACUUGGGAGAGAUUGUGUGUUUAACUCUGACGCUAGACAGCAUCAUGGCUGGUGGUACCUUCACGCUGUUGAUGGUGGUAAUGUUUAAGCUCAUGGGGCCUCCAGCCCUGGUGCUCUUCGCACCCCCGGUAUUGAUCAUCGUCGAACUUGUGUACCGAAUCUCCGACGAUGGGACGACCCUUCCCACAACCCACACCACCGGAGGAGUUAUUGAAGCGUCCAUACCGGCUUCGUUGGAUCGGACAAGAGUCACCUUCGCCGUCAAUGGGAGACCCAUACCCAUCCACGCCCCCGGGGUUGGCCAAGCAGGCCAAGCGUCCACACUGACACCGGCUUCGUUGGAACCAACAAGAGUCGCCUUCGCCGUCGAUGGCAGACCCAUACCCAUCCUCGCCCCCGGGGUUGGCCAAGCAGGCCAAGCGUCCACACUGACACCGGCUUCGUUGGAACUGACAAGAGUCACCUUCACUGGAUUCUUAGCUGUCUCAAUAACAGCCAUCCGCAACACUUCGCCCAGCAUGCUGACAAGUUGUUUCCUACUAUUUGCGGCAUCGGCUAUUGUGUUUGGUCUCUCAUGGAGGCUCCUGUCACAGACCCAGAUAAGGAACCGUCUGGCCGAUCUUGCUUUACCGGAUCUUGUUGAUUCCUCUGCCGACCUGGCUUCCUUGUGCACACAUUUCUGCAUUGUAAUUGCUACGAUUCUAUUCCUUGCAAUGGCCGGGACAGGUAGAGGAAAAUGAUGCCAACUAGUGAAGCACUGCGUGUGAUAUUUUCUCCUACAUAAUAUGUUAGUUGCACCUGCCCUCAUGUGUUAUACUGUAAGUUCUAACAUGCAUGUUUGUUCUAUAUCUAUAAUGUCUGGUUCAAUUCUUCUUUUAAA